UUUCUAAUUGGGUGUGUCCAGCUACAAGUUUCCAAAUCAAAGGUGCAAAGCUAGCGUACGUAUAGCUGCAAGGCAGAAGCUCAUUUGUUUGAUAUCUUUGAAGCUAUAGCAGUGGAGAGAUCAGUAAGAGGAGUAGCAGAUCUGUGAGAGGAGAUAGUGAACUUAUUCACAUUUUAUAGUGAAUCACGAUUGAAAUAUGGGAGGGUGUGUCAGUGUUACCCCUGAGGAAAGGGACGCUCAGAGGAAAAGUUCCGCCAUAGACAGGCAACUCAGAACUGACGCUAAAGAUUUUGAGAACACGAUCAAGAUAUUGUUAUUGGGUGCUGGAGAGUCAGGCAAGAGUACAGUGGUGAAACAGAUGAAGAUCAUCCAUGGCGAUGGCUACGCAAAGACAGAGCUGGAGAGCUUCAUUCCUGUAAUCUUCGGGAACCUUGCCUCGUCAAUGCGAGUGAUCACUACAAACAUGGAUAAACUAGGCAUCCCAUACUCUAACCCUGCUAACCGAGACCACGCCCAGGCCAUCCUGAGCUUGUCCACUUCCCUUUCGUCCUUGUCUACCCUUCCCCCAGAGAUGGCCGAUGCUUUUAGACAGCUGUGGAGUGACGAGGGAGUGCGAAGCUGCUUCAAGAGGGCGUACGAGUACCAGCUCAAUGAUUCGGCACCUUACUAUUUUGCAGAGAUGGAUCGUAUCUUGUCCCCUGGUUACCUACCCAGUGUUGAUGAUGUCCUGAGGUCACGAGUGCAGACUACUGGCAUCAUUGAGACAUCCUUCAAGGUCAACAAGCUCACCUACAGAGUGGUGGACGUUGGAGGUCAAAGGUCGGAGAGAAGAAAGUGGAUCUCGUGUUUUGAUGACGUGCGUGCAGUGUUGUUUGUGUGCUCGAUGAGUGGCUAUGACAUGACCCUCUUUGAGGACGGCAAAACGAAUCGCUUGGAAGAAUCUCUCAAUCUAUUCCAAGCCAUCUGCAACAACAAGUUCUUUGUCAAGACUGCUAUGAUUCUGUUCCUAAACAAGGUGGACCUGUUCCAAGACAAGAUCUUAAACUCUGACCGUCACCUUCGUCUCUACUUCAGUCAGUACAACGGUCCUGAUCGAGAUGCUGACGCCGCUGGUAACUUCAUCAGGGGUGAGUUUCUGGACAGGAACCUGAACAAGAGCAAGAUUGUCUUCCCCCAUUUCACCACCGCCACCGACACCUCCAAUAUCAAAAUUGUAAUGAGAGUGGUGUUGGACACAAUUAUUCGCGACAACCUGGAAGCAGCCAACCUCCUCUAGACACUUAGCAAAACUUCCAUAAAUUUUUUUUUUGGCGUACUAUGAGUAAUUUUUCGUGUAUAUAAUAUACUCAACAGGUUUGCCUGUAUAGCUACUGCACAAAUAACAUUGUAUUCUAGAGAGUGUUGUACUUAGACAGUUAUAGUUCUGGUACACAAUCUGUAUUUUGUGUUGUCUUACUUUGGUUGUGUUCGCUGUAACUCUAUAGCUACGCUCUGUGUGUGUGUGUGUGUGUGUGUGCACCUGUAUAUAUACUCUGUAAGAAUUAAUAUUGCUGUCAAUUGAAA